UCUCACUCUCACAGACGGACAGCACUUCAACCUCUGUUGGACCAAUUGACGGGCCCGUCCGUGCGCUGCCCCGCUGAGCGUGUUUUCCUGGGCGGCCUCCGCUCUGCUCUGUGUGCAGGGAGAUAUAGACAGACAGUCAGCAGCACGAACACUGCAGGACAGAUACGAACAAAGUUUGCAAUGGGCUCGUCUUGGGCUUUAGUCAGCUCCACCAUGUUGGUCUUGGUUUUACUGAGCUCAGCAUCCACGGAGAUGGAAGGACAAGAUUCAUUCAUGUAUCAGAGAGAGGUGGACUGGACAGAGCUCUUCGAUCCCAAGGAGGUCCCCAUAGAGCAGGUGAUAGUGUCUCCACCAGAACAGUUUGAUAUCCAGAGUGAGAGAGAUCCCCCAAGGUUUGGGCCCCGUUCUUUUGGUGGUCCUCUCAUGCUGAACUACCCCGUUCAAUUUCCUCCUGGCCGUCCGACCGCUGACAACCUCCAAGCCAUCUGCCUCUAUGGAGGCCGUCGUCCGAGUUACCCAAACUCUUACUUUCCUGCCUCUGGCUUUGGUCAGCAGAGGCGAAGGGCCAGCGCUCACAAUAACGCAGAGUCCUGGUUUAGCAGAUGCUGCGAAAGGAACCAGCCAAGUGAGAUAGACGUGACGCUAUGUUGCGCCACACAGGCGUGGGAGCUGUCGGUCAAAACCUUCUGUGAGGAGGACUCGUCAGUGAAGGAUCGUCUGUAUCACUGCUGCAGACUAACAGGCAGUGACAUGCUGAACUGCUUCAACAGCGACGCUCCAAACCCAAACUACCAACCAACAGAGGAGAUCCCGUUGCCCCUGCUCCCUUCUACUACCGAAUUCAUAUUUGACCCCCACCUUUGCCAGAGGACAGUGAUGACUCCAUACAGUGUCCGGUCAAACAGGCGAAAGAAGGAGAAGAAACCAUCUACUUCCCAGAAAAUUGACAUCAAUUUUCCUCUUGGACGACCCACCGCAGACACCAUUGAAUCACUGUGUCGCAACCAGAACCAACGCCCCCUCUACAGUGUCAAGUGCCUGCCAGGUUUAGGCUAUGAAUUGCUGGCUCAUCAGGCAAAGACCACUAAUCGUAUGGAGAAGGGAUUCAAACAGUGCUGCAAAAAGAAGAAGGAUGUGCUCAACUGUGCUAAUCGGAAGUGGAGUGAAGAGCUGAACAGGUUUUGCUCGGUGAAUGCUGGACAGGUGGAUUUCCACUGUUGUUCGAGUGUUGGGGAAAAUGAUCGAUACAACUGUUUCCAAAACAUUUCUCCUGACCCUCACUAUAAUAUGACUUCUGCCACCGAAGAGCUGUCGCUUAACAAAAUCUGUGACACUCACAAGAUCAUCAAGAAGAGGUUCCCUGUUGGUUUUCCACUCAAAAGCUUUGUUGACCAAUGCUGCCCCCUGUCUGAAACAGACAAGACUGUUUGUUCUGUGCAAAAGAUUGACGAGAUGUCCAGGACCCUGUGUUCAUCAGGGAGGGCUAUCCCUCCAACUGUCCGCCGCUGUUGCCGCCUGUCUUCACAAGAGACUCCACGGUGUAUCUCCAAAAUUCUCAUGGACGCCGUCACCAAAGCGACCAAUCUCUUACGUCAGAAGAAGAAGAAAAGGUGCCCCAUCUCCUGAACCCUUAUAACGUUUUGCUGCUGACCCUACUGGCAUUGGGCCAUUCAGGGAAAUGGCAAACUAGCAGCAGAGGCCGCUUCCAGUCACGCAACAGGAAAAAUGAUUGCAGCACAAAUCCCACUUAGAGGUUUGUAAGACGAAAAGAAUAUACAAAGUGUGUACUGCAUAUUUUUGUUUGAGAUCACAUGAGAAGCAUUGCUAUCACAAGAAUACAUGUAUGAUUAAACAAAUGUAUUGUGAAAUGCACAAUUUAUAAAACACUGUUUGUGUCACUGUACCACUAUUUUUGUAGCUGCUUUAUACACAUUUGAUAACGAAUCACAUGCAUUUUCUUGAUUCCUUUGGAGCUGCAAGAUCAGCUCUCUUCUUUUUAUAUGGUUUUGUGGUUAAGAUCAUAUCUACAACAGUUCUAUUAAAAACAAUUGUACCUUU